GGACGAUGAGCGUAAUACAGAAAGAACGAAAUCUUAAACGGAUUCAGCAUAUGGAACAACAUACUCGAACUGAGUUAAGUCAGAUUAGAGAAAGAACUGAUUAUAAUGACAUUGUGCAAUACAUUCUUGUAAUUCAAAGACUAGCUCUAAAUGAAAAUGGAUUCGAAAAUUUAACGAUAGAUUUUAAUGUUCUGGAACGAAUUAUUGUCGCAUAUAUAUAUGGUAAGUAA